GUGAUAUCAUAUAUUUAUUAAAACUAAAUAUAUAUCAAAAUUAUGACAAUUAAAAUAAUUAAAAGUAAUAUCGUUAACAGGUGGAAAUGGACAAUGUGUAAAUAUUCGACAAUGUGGAAAUUAUAAUGGUCUAAUCUCGUGGUUUAUGUUCUAAAAACUGUAAAUACUGUGAUGGAAUAUUUAAAGAACUUGGUGAGAAAAGAAAAUUGUUCAAUUGCCAUUAAUAAAUUUUUAAUAAUUUGUAAUGAAAUGACAACACUCGUUUCAUUAGAAUCCAUUGUGCAUUGUGUUUUCAUGUGAAAAUGGUAAAGGAAGUUUUGACUCUAGUCUUCUUAAAUAUGAAAAAAUUCAUCCAAUAUACCUGUCAUUGCCAACGUACACAGGCAGCCAUAAGAUGUUAUGCAGAUGCACGACCAUUAACUUUAAAGCUAUUCUAUUUUAUCAUCUUUAAACGUAUGAAACGAAGCAAGAAAUUUGGUUACCAGAUAUAGGAACUUUUGAUCCUUCGGUAAUAACUUGUAUCUAAAAAUAUAAUGGCCGUAAAAUAAUAAGCUUGGAUUAAACAUCCAUCAGGUUAAAAUAUUCAUUUUUCUCAUUUUUGAUUAGAAAAUUAAAACAGACAGAAUUUAACAUCAUUAUUCUUGUUCUUCUUCUAUGAUUAUAGUAAACAAGAAUUUAAAGUUGUGAAUAUUAAUUUAGAUAAAAAUGAUUUGAGCAUAUCAAAAGAACAUUAACAUUAACGUAUUACGUAACAGGAUGAACAAGAUAAAAUAGUAAGCAUUGAUUUCGAUAAUCUAAUUACGGAUGAUGGAGAUACACAUUUCGAGAUGGUACUUUAACAAUUGAAAGUUUAGAUGGAAAUAAAUUAUAUUUAGAUUCAACGACUCAAUUUAGAAUGUGUGGAAAUGGACAAUGUGUAAAUAUUCGACAAUGUGGAAAUUAUAACGGUCUAAUCUCGUGGUUUAUGUUCUAAAAACUGUAAAUACUGUGAUGGAAUAUUUAAAGAACUUGGUGAGAAAAGAAAAUUGUUCAAUUGCCAUUAAUAAAUUUUUAAUAAUUUGUAAUGAAAUGACAACACUCGUUUCAUUGGAAUCCAUUGUGCAUUGUGUUUUCAUGUGAAAAUGGUAAAGGAAGUUUUGACUCUAGUCUUCUUAAAUGUGAAAAAAUUCAUCCAAUAUACCUGUCAUUGCCAACGUACACAGGCAGCCAUAAGAUGUUAUGCAGAUGCACGACCAUUAACUUUAAAGCUAUUCUAUUUUAUCAUCUUUAAACGUAUGAAACGAAGCAAGAAAUUUGGUUACCAGAUAUAGGAACUUUUGAUCCUUCGAAGAAUUUAAAGUUGUGAAUAUUAAUUUAGAUAAAAAUGAUUUGAGCAUAUCAAAAGAACAUUAACAUUAACGUAUUACGUAACAGGAUGAACAAGAUAAAAUAGUAAGCAUUGAUUUCGAUAAUCUAAUUACGGAUGAUGGAGAUACACAUUUCGAGAUGGUACUUUAACAAUUGAAAGUUUAGAUGGAAAUAAAUUAUAUUUAGAUUCAACGACUCAAUUUAGAAUGUUGAAGAUGCUAAAAGAAGACGAGUACGAAGACGAAUAGAUACGGGUCAAUAAAUUAAUUGGUGACGAGAAAGGUGAACAAGUUAACUAAACGGUAUAAAUACGAUAAAUAGGGUUAGAGGCCCAUGGCCGGGAAUUCUUUUCGCUGGCUUUGGUCGUGGAUCUCGAUCAUAGUUUUAUCUGGAUGUUUGCUUAUUUCAAGCGGCGAACAAGUUCCAUGUGUUUCUUAUUUGUCAAAUACAGUUGAGGAUACUUAUAAUGAAACCCAAACAGAAGUAAUGCUUUUUCUAAGAGAGUAUUGUAACGAUGAGAUUAAUGCUAUUAAUAUAGCCACAAAUAUACAAGACUACUUUAAUCGAUUUAAUUUUGACGUACAGAUCACCGUAAUACCUUUGUCAUUGUCAUGUGAAACAAAAACUUGGGGCCUUGAUACCCUGUUACACAUACUUGGUCAAAAAAGAGCGAAAGCUCUCGUAGCUGUUCUUGAUUCACCAAUGUGUGAAGUUACCAUAAAACUCGCACAUCUCUGGAACAUGCCAUUGUUCACAUGGACUUGUCCUUUGAGAAACUUAGAAGAAAGGCAACUUUCAUCAAUUGUUAGAUUAUCUCCAUCAUUACCAAUGAUAGCGAAAGCUCUUACGGAAAUGCUGAUACAUUUACAAUGGAAAACCGUAGCGAUAAUAGGAACUGAUCGUGAACCGUGGAUGAGUCUUGAGAGAGUACUCUUGAAUUCUUUACAAAAUACCGGUGCUGUAGUACGACGACGCGCAAUAUUACCACACCAAGCCUCUUUUGAACAAAUUCGAAAAAUUCUUCGUAGUGUUUACAACGUUUCUCGUAAAGUUACGGUGCUAUGUCUACCUACGUCUGAUGAAGAUGGAUUAAUUACCCGUGUCCUCUCCGAGAUAGAUAUUGUACAGCAUUCUUUUAAUUCCAUACGAAAUUCUAUGACUAUAAUUAUUCAUACAAAGGACGACGAUUUUUUUCUUCCGAUCGAAAACACUUCAAUUUCUUAUUUCGAUCCAAUAACAACAUCUGUUUCGUUUGCAACUUCAUCAUCUUCAAAUCUCUCUGUUUCGAAUCAAGUCUUGCCCAACGAAAUGACUUUUAACGAUUACGAUGACAACACAACGGUAAACAUGCAAGAAAAAGAAAGAAAAGAAAAAUUUCAUCAAUUACGUGAUAAAUCAAAAGUAAAUAAUCGAUUUCUCCCGCCAAGAAAUUUAAGCUCUACGUUCCUAGAAAGAUUGUUAACAAUAACGCCUCUCGAUUACAGAUAUGAUGUGGAAAAAGUAUUCGAAGGUAUAGAACGAUACAUGGUACCAACUUUAAUGGAUCGUUUAAACGAAACCCUUAAUAUCUUAAUGAAUGAUAAUUCCAGUAUAAAUGCAUUUAAUAAUAAGAUUUAUACGUAUGUUUUGUUGGAUUGGCGUAUCGAUGUUUGGAAACCUAUAAUGGUUACCGUGGAAGGACGUGAAAAACUAUUUGUUCGAAAACUAUCUACAAAUGCUCUAGCAUUUCUCAAUAUAAAUGAUACUGAUUUCUCAAAGUGCAAUUUUGACGUCAAUGGAAUUCCUAUUAUCGAUUGCAUAGAGAAUACUUUGGACGAAUCAACUUUUCAUAUUGUACAUAUCGUGACUGUCGUUUUGGGAUCAUUGUUACUAACUGUGCUUGCAAUAUCGAUCGCAAUAUUGAUCAGAAAGAAGUUACUUAAGAAGAGAAUGUCUAAAGGUCCGUACAAGAUCAUUUUAACUACAUCGGAUUUCGUAUUUCCUCAAGUGCCUCAAGUAGAUUCUAGAAGAGUGGACGAGGGUAUCGAAACAAUGUUAUGCUGUUGGUUGCAACAACUGCAAGAGUUUGGUGGACCUGAAGUGGAAAAGCCGGAUUUACUUCAAUUGGGAAGCGUAUCUUCUUUGAAACCAUGUUUACGAACUAGCACGGGAAACCUGGCACGUCAUAAUUUCUUCAAAGAUCCUCGCGCAAGAUACAAUGGUGACUUUGUGCAACUAAAAGAACUGCCAACUCAAGGUACUUUUGAGCUGAAAAGCAAAACUAUGGAUAUAUUGGCCAUGAUCCAUGGACUGCGCCAUGAAAAUCUGAAUCCCCUGAUAGGAUGUUUAAAUGAACCGACAAGACCGUGCCUUGUUUAUGAAUAUUGUUCAAGAGGAUCUUUAGAGGACGUACUAGUGCAGGAUGAAAUCAAGCUCGAUUGGUCCUUUAGAUUAUCAUUUCUUACCGAUCUUGUGCGGGGUAUGAGAUAUCUUCAUGGUACACCAAUACGUGUACAUGGUUAUCUUACUUCGCGAAACUGUGUCAUCGAUGCUCGUUGGGUUCUUAAAGUUACCGAUUAUGGACUGCCUGUUUUUUAUGAAGCACAAAAUAUUGUUCCUCCAAUAAAAACAGCUAGAGAUCUUUUAUGGACUGCGCCUGAAUUAUUAAGACAACCAAAUCUUCAAAAAAAAGGAACGCAACCGGGAGACGUUUAUAGUUUUGGUAUCAUUAUGCAGGAGGUAGUAGUUCGUGGAGAACCAUUUUGCAUGCUCGCUCUAUCGGCAGAAGAUAUUAUCGAAAAAGUAAUGAAACCACCGCCACUGAUUAGACCAUCUGUAAGCAAAGGUGCAGCACCACCAGAAGCGAUAAAUAUUAUGCGUCAAUGUUGGGCAGAAACACCGGAUAUGAGGCCUGAUUUCAAUGAUGUUCACGAUCUUUUCAAAAAAUUAAAUCAUGGAAGAAAAGUCAAUAUUGUCGACACGAUGUUUCAAAUGUUGGAAAAGUAUUCAAACAAUUUAGAAGAAUUGAUACGUGAACGCACGGAACAAUUAGACAUGGAAAAAAAGAAAACGGAACAAUUAUUGAAUCGAAUGUUACCCAGCUCUGUUGCUGAAAAAUUAAAACUUGGUAUGCCAGUCGAUCCUGAAGAAUUCCGAGAAGUAACGAUCUAUUUUUCGGACAUAGUUGGUUUCACAACAAUUUCAGCACAUUCAACCCCGUUCCAAGUAGUCGAUCUUUUAAACGAUUUAUAUACGUGCUUCGAUGCCACGAUCAACGCAUAUACUGUAUAUAAGGUGGAAACUAUAGGAGAUGCUUAUAUGGUCGUAGGAGGUUGUCCUGUAAGAAUAUCUGAUCAUGCUUCUCAAAUAGCUACGAUGGCUCUCGAUUUGCUGCAUCAAAGUGGAAAAUUCAAAUUGAAACAUCUGCCAAAAACUCAAUUGAGAUUACGAAUUGGUCUUCAUACAGGUCCUUGCUGCGCUGGUGUUGUUGGUCUGACAAUGCCAAGAUAUUGUCUUUUUGGUGAUACUGUCAAUACCGCGUCAAGGAUGGAAUCCACUGGCGCACCAUGGCGUAUUCAUCUUAGUCAAGCUACUAGAGAUCGAUUGACUCAAGUGGGUGGAUAUCAAAUCGAAUAUCGCGGGCCAACUGAAGUUAAAGGCAAAGGGAAAAUGCCUACUUAUUGGUUGCUAGGAAAACAAGGCUUCGAUAAAGAACUUCCAAUGCCACCUCCACUUGGGGAAAACCAUGGGCUGAACGAGAGUUUAAUAUUGGAGAAUUUGAUGAAUAAAGAAAGCGUAACACAUGGAUGUCCAGUCAUGGUAAAUCCGACUAUGGAUUUAUGCAAAGAUACGAAUGCAGAAGAAGAAAGCAAAAACAAUAAUGGAAAUGAAAAUGUAAACAUUGAUGAUGGAAAUACUGACAAAGAUUUAGAAACAUAUAAAAUUGCAGUUUCUGUACAUGAUGAACAAGUUCAAGAUACAAACUCGUCUUUAAAAUCAACAGCUAACAUUCUUCAUAUUUUAUCUACAAAAGAAAAAGUGAAUGGAAGAGAAAACGAUGAUACUAAUUCGACUAUUGUAACCAAAAGUAUUUCCGGUGACGCUCAAACCUCUCUGGGAACAUCCAUAUUUUAUACAGAGAAAACUAUACUUGGUGCAUCUACUAGUUCCCUUACAUCGAUUUCAAGCUCAACUAAUCCGUAUAGACCGGCAGGUCCCGCAAAACAUCGGAGAAUAACUGGUUAUAUCGAUGAGAACGACUUAAGCACGCCAUAUAAUCAUUAUAGAUGUCUCUCACCAAACGAACAUUAUGGAAGAAGCACAGGUUGUCGUUUUUUAAAGAGACAAUUUAGUCUAGAUCGUCCCGAUGAGACUAGCUAUGUUGGUUUCACCGAACAAAUUAAUUAUCAACAACAAUUACAACAACAGCAACAACAACAAUUAUUAUCACAACAAAAUUUGAAUAAGACACCAAGACUUUAUAAACAAAAUAGUGCGGGUGCAGCAAAUGAUCUAGAACGCAUCGAAGAAGUACCGUCUACUCCAGCCCCUGUUCUUCAACACUAUAAACAGGCGGCAUCUGUUUCUCUCUCUGUAGAAUCAUUAACGCUUCGUUGAAGAAUAUUGCAUUUUUAAACAUAAAAAUGUCUAUAAUAAGCAUUUUAAACUAUUAAAAUUCUUCAAAAAAUGACAAUCGUCGUCACGUAUCCAUACGAAUCAUUAGACAUAUUAUAUGAAUGAUAUUAAAUUUAUUGAACAGUGACACAAAAGUAACAAAAUUGUGGAAAAGUUAUUUACUUGUGUACUUAUCAUUAUCUCUUUCAUAUAAUAUUAUCAUAAAUCGAUUGACCUUUGAUUAUAGUAUAAUAAUCGCGAAAAAUAUAAAAAAAACUUUAUAUCCAUUAUCGCGAAUGACAAUCUCUGUUACAUAGACAUUCUGUGCACAUGCAGUUCUCGUAUUAUGUAAAUAUAUUAUAUUGAAAAUGUGUGCAAUAUAUUCUAUUUCCGUAUUUUUUCUGAUCCAUAUUUCAUAACUUAAAAUCAAGUAAUAUUUUAUUGUUAUUGUGCAUAAAAUGCACAAUAAAUCAAAUAAUUAUAUCAUUAAAAUUGUUCAUAAAAUUUUGUUGAAAUCAUGAUACACUAUUAUCAUGUACUCAUAUUAUUGUUUUUAUCAAGAGAGAGAAAAAAAUAUAUACCUUUCUCGUAAAUGUGCAUAAUUUAAUUAUCUCUGAAUCGUUGACAAUAAUAACUGGAAAACUUAUAAUAUAAAAACGUAGGUACUCUCUCUUUUUCUCUCUCUCUCUUUUUUCCAUUUUUUUUCUCUUUCCAGUA